AUGGCUCGUUUUUCCCUCCUUUUCCUCAGCCUCUCCUCCGUGUUGCGCAUCCUCGCUCUCGCGUUUACUUCGGUGGGAAUUUCGAUGGCAACGGCGGCAGAUUUUGAAGGUCGAAAUGCUCCUGUUUUAGAUUUCGAUGGCAAAAUCGGGAGCAAAAACUUUGAGCGCGGGAGGAAAGAGGAGGACGAAAGGAAAACAGUUGGCGAAAGCAUUUUGGGGAAGACGGUGCCUCCUACUUUUACUCUCGAAGAAGAGGAUACCACCUUUGAGGAGGAGAAUACUCACGAGAAGAACGAGAACAAAUGCGAGGAGUGCUUAUCCUUCUUGCACAACGCGACCGAGAAAGUCCGCUCGAAAGAGUUCCGAGCGAGACUCUAUAAAGUCGUGGACGAGAUGUGCCAACGGGUUUUCCCUGACGAUGAAGGGGAGGAGGAUGAUAAAAAAAUCGCCGAGUGCGAAGCGCUCGGGAAAACGUACGCGAAGAGAGCGAUCGAGUACGUGAAGACGCACGAAGAAGAGACGGACGAGUUCGUGUGCGAGAAGUUGAACCUGUGCGCGGAUGAUGAUGCUACCGUUUUCGAUGCUUUGAGAAGGACGGUUCGGCGCGCGCGAGAGGCGGCGUUUGCCUCUGGCCGCAGAUUCUUCGCGUCUUCUUGGUUUCAUCCUUCUUCUGCUUCCUCCUCCGCGUCUCCUCCAACCUCGCUCUGCGUGUUUUGCGAAUACGGAGCCUCUAAGCUCGCGGUUGCGAUGAACGACCCGGAUUUUGCCGCCGCCGCGAGGCGAGAUUUCGUCGCCGCGUGCCGAGCCGCCGAGGACCGUUUUUCCGAUAAAGAACAAAAGUGCGAAGCCGCCGCCGCGGAGUACGAAUCAAAAAUCUACGACGCCGUGCAAACGUGGUUGGACGACGGAGAGGCAUGCGAGGAUCUGUUCAGCUGUUAA